AUGGUGGGCAUCUAUGACUCCAAAAGACGCACGAAGCCGUGUUCGAACUGCAAGCAGACCAAGGUCAAAUGUGAGUACAUACAGGCGCUGCCGUGCAGCAGAUGCACGAGAAACGGGCUAGAAUGCUACUUUCCAGACAGGAUCGGUGGCGCGGGAUCUUCGGAUCUGGAGGCGACAGCGGUACCGGGCAUCGAGGGCUGCGACGUUGACCCGCAGUGGAUGCGCGGGAUCAACGACCGCCUGACGACCUUUGAGAGUGCGUUGGAAUCGAUUUUGGCGGUGGUCCAGACUGGGCAGAUCCAGCAGCAGCAGCAGAUCAACCUUCUGCAGCAGCAGAUGUCCCAGCAGCAGCAGCUGCCAGAUAUCAGCCAGCUACUGGUGCCGACGAUCCUGGACUCGAGCGGUUUGAUAAAGCAGUACACUGAUGUACGUGAUUUCCGAGCCGAGAAUGUGAUCUCUCGCCAGCAGGCCGCCGAGCUGCUGCAGCUCUUUGUGUCGCGAUACGCGGGCCAUUUGUUCGGAUUCCUCCUCAGCGACUUGUCGAUCGACGAACUUUGGACGAACUCGCCGAUUCUGCUUGCUGCUAUCUGCACAGUCACAUGCAGGCAGCAGCAACAGGCCGCGCACCUGGCCUUGCAGCUGCGGCAGAGCCUGGACUGGUUUACGACUCGUCUGGCUAACACCAGGCGCCGCCCGUCCAAAAGCGCAGAGAUGGAACACACACUGCUGGGCCUUUUGAUCGCGGCACUCUGGCUGCAUUCGAACCAGCUUUACAUCUCCGUGGUGUUGCACCUUGCUAGAGUAUGGAGGAUUGACCAACUGUGUACUGCGCUGGACGCAGAUGAUCGCCUGAUGAAGCUGUGGCAUCUGCUCUAUAUUCUGGACGGGAACGAGCUACUAGUCUCUAAUCGGCGCCCGAUCAUAUACCACACGGUAGAACCAUCGCUGCUAGGCGCGCGUGAUUGGUACCUAAAGCGCCUAGAUGAUGACACCGUUCGUGAGGUGCUCGUAGCCACAGAUACCAGAGGGAUAAACCUGGUGAACCACCGGCAACUGCAGUUGCUGAACGAAGUUGGGCGCGAGAAGGUUAACACAUCUACCUCGAUCUUGCAGGAGAUGCGGCUACUCAGCCAACUAGAGUUCCACACUGCAAUUGAAUCAAUCUUUCAUUCAGACAACUCGCUGCCUCAGUUCGGCCCACCGGCCGGCCUGUCACUGCUGGAGCCCAGCAAGUUUGGUAUCCCAUGGAAACAUAACAUGGAUAUCGAUCGCUGGAUGAUUUCGUGGACCAUCGCUCUCCAGGAGAUCAACGUCCAGCAGAAUGUCUGGUGUCUCAAGUCAACCCUACUUUACUACCAUUUUGCCCGUAUGUACAUCAAUGCCAAGGACAGCAUUGAUGCAAGUAAAGACAAACUAUUCGCUGGUUCUACAGAGCCCGCAGUAGACGACCUCAAAGAAAGAGAACGAAAGCAUGACCCGUGCCACCAGAUCGCGCACUCAGCUGCACACUCAAUCCUGCGACUGGUCACACGGGACAAGGAUGUCCGCUCAAUCUUUCAGUUUCUCCCGAUACACAUGUACAUCAUGGUAUUUUAUGCCUCUAUAAUUCUGCUUGACCCUACUGACACAUGCGAUGUCACGGUUGGGUCGGGCGCUGAGACAUCCAUGAAAGAGGCUUUCCUACUAGUAUCGAAAUUCAAGCAUAUGCUUGCUACUAUGGCCUCUUCUGACCUUGAGUUUCAGAACGAGUUGGUUAGCCAGCUACAACGGCACUUGCUGAACUUCAACAAAGCAUGCAGCUCUUAUCCAGUCUGCGGAAAACGUAUACAAGAAAUACUAAAUGAUGCACAAUGCCAUGUUGAGCAAGGCCUGGACGAAAAUGAGAGCAAGAUCAAGCAUAUUGUGGCAUGGCCGGGUACUAACCACGGCCACCCUUAG